AUGGAUGAGGGUGCCAUUUGUUUUUCUCAACAAUUAGAAGAUCGUUAUUUUAGAAUAUUAGAUGACGAAACUCCAAUAGUUCACGUUAACGGCUUUAAUAAUUGUGUUGGACAACCUCUUCCAAAAUCUUCUAAUAUUUUUGAGGGUAUUGAAGGCGAUUCUACAGCUGCCGAAAAGUUACCUAAAAAGUCUUAUACAUCAACUGCUCUCAAAAAUGCAAUUUACCGAAAUAAAGGUUGA